GUACUUCCAGGUAUGUACUGCAAUUUGUUUCUAUCCCGUCCCGGGUUGGUACAGCACAGUGAAGAUAUAACUCUGGCUCUUAGCAACCUUGAAACUGGUUUGGUAAUGAUUAGAUGGACUUAUUAAAAAUCGGGAGCUCGUCUUCAGUGUGUUAACACCAGGGUUCGCCACCAUUGAAAACCCAGAACCCAGUAACCCGACCGACAUUUCUACAAACGGAGCUCAGCUCACGCAGAGCGAAGGACUCACUUGGAAAAAUAAAUGUCUUCAACCGAAUAACGCGGAUUGCCACUGGAAUCCUUACAAGGGGCCGGCCCGCAGGGGGAGAUCAUCCCACCUCUGCUUUCUCGCCUGCCUUCUCAGCUUCUUAGGCGCACUGUUGCAGACCGAAAGGAACUCCGUAAAGACCGUCCGACGGGUCCAUGAAGCACAAGAUGCGCAGCUCGGAGCUUCCCCUGCUGCUUGCCAUUGCAGCUUAUUUUCUGGCACAGAUGGAUCAAACACAAUGUGCAAAAGUCUCCAAGCGGCCUCGGACAUGUCUAGAUCUGCCGGAAGAAAUACUGGAACAGAUGUUUGGGAAACUCUCGGUGGGAAUGUUAAGCGCCUUUCACCACACCCUGCAGCUUGCCCCUCUGGAGAAGGAAAAUCUCACUUGUCCCACUGGGGGUCGCUCCUCCUCUGAAAAGAAGGCUCAGCUUCCUGUGAAUAUUCAGAGUGUCUCUCCUUGGGCUUACAGAGUCUCCUAUGAUCCUUUAAGAUACCCCAAAUACAUCCCAGAAGCCUACUGCUUAUGCAAAGGCUGCCUGGUUGGACCUUACGGAGAGGAGAGUUUACAGCACCGCAGUACUCCAGUGUUCAUGCCUUCUGUGAUCCUACGAAGAACACGAUCCUGCACUGGAGGGCGCUACGUGUACACUGAAUAUUAUGUAUCCAUUCCUGUUGGGUGCACGUGCAUUCCAGAGACUGACAAAGAAACCGAGACCAGCAACUCCAGUUUAGCUAAGGAAGACAAAGUUAGCCAAGAAAAUGGUGUGAAGGUAGGACUGGAUACUGGAGUGAGAACGGACACUGUAUAGGGAACUCUCAGUUAAUCCACAGAUGUCUGCACGAUUUAUAUUUCAAACAGUGAAAUUCGAGAUAGUAAAGAUUUGUAUUUAAGCAAUGACAAUAUAUUUUUUAGCAUAAGUAGUGGAUAAGGUCAAGACACAUUAGUAAAUAGUCUUGUCUCAUGGAACUAAGCAGUCAUCUGAUGUGUGCGCCUGCAUUGAGAUAUGGAUUUAGAUGGAGCAGAAAGGUUUGAAAUGCAUCUUGCUUUUGUAUACGUUUACAUUGGACCGUUGACAAUGUGAGUUUAAGAUCUGCAUUGAGUUUCAACAGUUGUGAGUGAACGCAGUGUCCAUGUAGACUUUCACUUGCUAAUACAGCACAGUCUUCUACCACAUGAACAAAGAUGUUCCAGUAGAGUUCAUUUUUAACCUUGGGUGUGCAAGCAUGUCCUGCAGUGAGCUGCUAGCUUUCCCAUGCUGGUUCCUAAGUGGAAUCCAGCGUUGCUGCCAUACUUUUUCAAAUUGGAGUAAGCAGAAAAUAAAUUAAUGAAUAAGCAGGUUUGGAAUGAAAGCACUCUCAAAGGGUUUUCUCCAAGUGUUUUCAUGUAAGAUGGUUUGAUUGUGAAUAAGUGUGAGAGCCCAGCAAUGGUUACAGUUUGAAUGACUUUUCCAACCAUCCCCAAUCGUCAAUUAUAAUAAACAAAGUCUUUUAUUAAAAGUGAAAUAGGACAUUAACUAUUAGAAGUCUGCACUGUUGAGUUCAGACU